AUGAUAUUACAAAGUCAAGGAAGCGAGCAAUCCCAAUCGAAGAAGAAAGUCGUUGAUGAUGAGGCGUGUGGAAGUGUUCAGGACGUUGUGAAUUCGGAAACCCCUUUGGAAACGCCGCGCGGAAAUCUCUUGAAGCUUCUGGAUCAGCAUAUAAUCAAGAAGAAAGCAAGAGCGUUGAAGAAACCUGGCAAGAAGAAGACGGUCAAGCAAUCACACAGACCCAUCAGGAAGAGACCUCCUAUUUCACCUUCCGAAAUCGAUCAUACCUAUGCUCCAAGGCCACAAGACGUGGAUUAUGAUCAAUACACUGAUCAGCAGCUACGGGAACUGGUUGGCGAUGUUGGGCUAGAUGCUGAUGGGUUACCAAGAGCGGAACUGAUCAAGACAUGUAAAACCUACCAAGACUUGAGACAUCACGGCACGCUCCUUUGGACGUCAGGUAAAAGAAGUGUGCCUAUAGCUGUUCCGGCAGAUUCAACCUCCGAUCCCAAAAGUCUCCCUUUACCUUCUUCACCUCCUGACACGCAACCUUCAAAUAUGAAUGACGAUGUACAAACGCAAGAUUCGACACUCGAUCGUGACAAUAUACCUCCUAUUACGCGGGGUGAUUCAGAUGUUGGCAAUAGAGAUCACAAGAUUCUACAAAUAGAAGGCUGGGCUACCAUUGGAUCGCCGGUUCACAAAGCUCCGGAAGAAAUACCUCUACCCAGCCUGGAACACGGGCGCCUGUCCUACCCACGACCCCCUCCAACCGUAUUAACGUCACACCAAAACUCAGCUACCUCCAAGGGUAAAGGAAAGUCGCGAGAGGAAGAUGAUCCAGAUGAUCAUGACUGGGAUCCAUCUUUUCAUGCUGAAGAGUCUGAUUUAGAAGGUUCCGAUCUACUGGCGGGGGAGGCGGAUAGCGAUACCAAUGAUUCAGCUCAGCCUACUUACCAAGGUUCUUCUAAGGGUCGAUUUCAAAUGCAGCAAGGAACUGGUAAAUCAAAUUCAUCACGCAAAAGCGCAAAAAAACACCCACGCAAGGCUGCGAGUCCAAAAUCAAUGUCUGAAUCCGAGAAACAAAACCAAGGAGAUGAUCAGAGUCGGGAAAGUAUGCUCGAGAUGAUUCAUGAACUACGAGAUGCUCUGAACAAGACUAACCAGCGACUUGAAAAAUUGACUGAAGAGGUUAGGAUAUUGAACCAAGUGACUCAGAACAACAUAGAUGAGGAGCAAGUCUCGGCGAAAAAGAAGAAAACACGGGGUGGUCGUAUUUCUUUAUCCGUUCGUUUUCAUAUAGAUACUCUUUUAGGUCUAGAAGAAAGCAGUCCCUCACUCCCUGCGCCUGCCACACUCAAUGAAAAAGAGUCCUGGAUGUCUGACUUGGAGAUCGGACUCGUGAAUUUCGAUUUGGAUGUUCUAGACGAAACUAUGGAACCACCCGAUCUCAAUUCAACUGAUUAUUCCGGGCCACGGCAUAAAGAUUCAACACCACAGCAAAUUUCUAUCAUGCAACAGAUGAUGCUCGCUGUAGGGGUAUCAAGCUUUCGACCAGAUUUCGGUCAAGCGCCAACUUCAAAAGACAACAAGUGGCUGUGGGAUUUAGCCUUCAAGAUUUUUAUCAAAUUGGUGGAGUGUGGUGAUGGUAUAAAGUUUACCUUUGGAAGUCCACAUUGUGACUGA